GGCUUGUGACGGUAAAUUCCACGACGGCCUACUGUUUCUUGGUCAUUCUUAUCGCAAACCUAGAAUUGGAAGGAACCGUUGGGGGGUACUACCCGUGAGUAUAAAGAGGAGUCAUCUAAAGGAGAAGGAUCUCUUUCAUGCACGCUUCAAACGUAGUCGAGACCUGCGAUUCUACGACCGCGUCCACUUCACAAGAUGACUCCGAGCUAUCAUCACACGCCAGCCCGCCCUCUACACCUCCAAGAGGUCGUGCACGUUACCCCGACACGCUAACUCGCGUUCCCUUGCAUCGCCGUGGAACAUCCAAGACAUAUGAACGCCUCGAAGACCUUCUUCGCGAAGCCGGCUACAAAGAAACUCGCGUCUUUACACCAGAAUCCGAGCGACACACAGAUCAUACAACCGAUAAACACACAAGCAACGUGCGUGGCGGUGUAGGUGCUGUCGUUGGUUUCCUCGCCGGCCUCGUAAGCCGCAAUUCGAGUCUAGCACGGGAACCAAUCUCCAACAAUAAUUCCCACUCUCAACCACCAUCACCGCUUGCACACAUCAAGGCUCUCCAUGCUUCUUCUUCUACAUCCUCAUUUUCCUUCAACACAUCCCCAGAGAGCCUCCGUAAGCAUUCCCGCUUUCACGCCACCCAGGGCCAGGCCCGACGCAACCUAUUCCCCGAAACCCAUGGCCGGUCCCAAGCCCCGAAUGCCUACAUGCGCCAUCAAUCUUCAUCUAACUUCUCCAAAGCCGCACCAAACGCUCACGCAUAUCUCCGACAUAUGGCAUCAGCACCGAACAUCCAACCCCUAGCUAAACGCCCCUCCUCAUCAAAUGUCUCCCUCCGCUCCCAUCGCACUCCCCAUGCACAACCCCGUUCUUCCCGUCGAGCCUUGCUCCUCACAGCAGACGACAUCAUCGAGACAGACGACCCUCCGCCGCUCCCUCGUAACUGGAUGGAAUCUGUCGCUAAAGCCCUUCUCUCUGGUGUGCCUGAGACUGCUUCUACGCAAAAAACGAACUCGACGUUAUCAGAGACGACGAAUAGACCUAGGGAACAGAGACGCCCACCAUUGCUAUGCGCACAGGUGCGGGAGCAGCGCGCAGGUACGACUGAAGGGAAGGUGAGCCAGACGAGCGUCGUGUGUAGGUCUACGCCUACGUCGCGUGCGGGAUCGAGGGUGCGUAGAACUGGUGCUGAAGAUGAUGAAUCGAGAUAUAGACGUGACGAGGAGAGACGGAGGAAGAAUAAGCGGGAGGAAGAAUCAAGGAAAGGGAAAGGAAAGGGAAAGGGAAAACGCAAGGAAUCAGAUAUGGUUCCUUCAUUAGCCCGUACGAGGGUUGAGAACGAUGAGUGGAGUAUGAGCAGGCACCUCCCCGCGAGCCAUAGACAAGAAGGACCGUGUUUUUCCAGCUCAUCCUCUGAAGAUGAGGAUGAAGAAGACGAAGGAGAACUAGACCUAGAACGGUUACUCGUCCCAGCCAGACGUCAAGCCUCCAUUCGCAGUCUCCGAAAACAUCUUCACCCACCCAGUACAACAGGCAGCCUCCGAGGGGUACCUCGAACGUCCCCCACUGUCAGCAGUACCACCAGCACUAUCAAUGGCCAACUCUCGUCUUUCGCACCAGGUUCACGACAGCAUAUCUGGCUAAACGAUUCCUGGGGCACAGGUAGAGGCCGCCGGUGGGUCGUAGGUGAAGAUGACGACGAUGAAGGGGACGGGUAUGGGAACGGAAGCACUAACGGCGCGUUUUCAGCGUCUGAGAUUGAGGGGACUGGUUCUAGCGCCAGUACUCAUACACGUGCGGGGAUGAAGCGCCGCCGCGGGUUGCCUGGCGCGUGGGUGCAGUGGGGCGGUUGAAGUUGAUGCUAUGAUGAUAAAGGGACUCCUCCUUCCUCUUCCUAGUUCUAAUCGUUUGCAGGGAUAGACCCACGUGCAGAAUGGGGUUGGUUUGUCGGUGCUUUGGAAUCUGGACCCUUCGUUUGUUCGUGCGUGCUUGACCAUUUGCAUUUUUUGUCAUUUUCAUCUUUGCUUUCGUUUUCGUGCACAUUGUUAUGGUAUGAUACAAUACAUAUGCUUUAUUGAUGUUGUGGUCGGUAUCUCAGAUCUUACCUGGGACGAAGGAUACGAGUAAUUUACUUUGUUCUAACUCGAACUUGAAGAAUAGAUGUAAUUGUUGAUGGUC